GGACUUCAGAGAAAAACACACAUGAGAAAAGAAGUUGAAGGCAGCUCCUGCACUCUCACACUUCGCCUCAUCGCCCGCACGGCCGCUUCUGCCGCACACGGCCACUGCACCACCUUAGCUGCUACAUGCUCUUCGGUCAGACUCUAUUGCUUUCCUUUGGUCUGUUUUCUGGUUUUUUAAAAGAAUUGCUCCGCAGAGCGACUAUGAAAGUUCCCUGGACUUAAUUUCUCUCUGAUUGCUGAGCUCGAGCUGCUUUUGGACACUGUCAUCGCUGAGGAAUCGGCUAUUUUCUACGGCGUACGCCAACCCCGGCACCUCUAGCAGGCCCGAUGGGAUCGGAUGUGCGAGAUCUCAAUGCUCUGCUGCCAGCGGUGCCCACCCUCCCGGGGGGCAACGGGAGCUGCGCCCUGCCCGUGAGCAGCGCCCCACAGUGGGCUCCCGUCUUAGACUUCCACGCCGGGUCUCCCUACAGCUCACUCUCCUCCCACUCCUUCAUCAAGCAGGAGCCAGGCUGGAACACGGCCGAGCCACACGAGGAACCGCACUGCGGCCUCAGUGCCUUCACCGUGCACUUCUCUGGUCAGUUCACCGGGACGGGAGCCUGCCGGUACGGAGCGUUUGGCGCCCCUCCACCGGGGCAGCCCACGGCCAGCCAGCCCAGGAUGUUUGCCAAUGGAGCAUACCUGCCCAACUGCAUGGAGAGCCAGCCGCCACCGAGGAACCAGGGUUACAGUGCCAUGCCGUUUGACAGUGCAGCCAGCUACGGUCACACACCGUCCCAUCAUGCCUCCCAGUUCCCCAACCACUCCUCCCAGUUCCCCAACCACUCUUUUAAACACGAGGACCCCAUUGCGCAGCAGACCAACAUGGGUGAGCAGCAGUAUCCCGUCCCACCCCCCGUCUACGGAUGCCACAACCCAUCGGAGAGCUGCGCCGGGAGCCAAGCGCUGCUCCUGAGGAAUCCAUACAACAGUAAUUGUACAUAUAACACGUCUGCUGCUCUCACAUGCCGUAACUACUCGAUUAACACAUCCACUGUGCUCACACCCCGUAACUGUCCAUUUAUACAUGGAAUGCCACAUCAUCACACCACAUGUUCAUGUGAGGUGGCUCCACCUGCUCACAAGUGCCCCCUUCAGCAGGACGUGCGGCGGGUGCCCGGUAUCACGCCUUCCAUUGUGAGAUCAUCGGAGACCAAUGAGAAGAGACCAUUCAUGUGUUCCUACCCUGGCUGCAACAAGAGAUACUUCAAGCUGUCCCACUUGCAGAUGCACAGCAGGAAACACACGGGUGAGAAGCCGUAUCAGUGCGACUUCACCGACUGCGGCCGACGCUUCUCCCGAUCCGACCAGCUGAAGAGGCACCAGCGGAGGCACACGGGAGUUAAACCCUUCCAGUGCGAGACGUGUCAGAGAAAGUUCUCGCGGUCUGACCACCUUAAGACCCACACCCGGACUCAUACAGGUAAAACAAGUGAGAAACCUUUCAACUGCCGGUGGCCCAACUGCCAGAAGAAAUUUGCGCGCUCGGAUGAGCUGGUACGGCAUCACAACAUGCACCAGAGGAACCUGAGCAAACUGCAGCUGGCACUGUGAGGAGGGGGACCCACCCAGCACCCGCGGCUUGCCGGUGAAUGGGGGGGGGGGUGGCUUUGUGUAUGGUGCAGCGGUGCUCAGACCUGACCGGGACCCAGGAUGCCGGGCGGCUGUCCCCACUGGCACCAAAGUGCCCUGUUUCCUGUGCAUCCUUGCAGUGACAAAGCUUUGCAUUUUGUUUACUUACUGUUACUAUGGAAAUGCAACCUGCGAGCCCUUUUAUAUAGCUGUACGUGUGAGAAGUCUAAUACUAACUUAUUUAAUUUUCUAAAUUAAAAAUUCUGCAAAAACAGUUCGCAAGGAGAACUUCUCUUAUCCUUGGGUCUCGACAUUACUUCGGGGCCAGAAUGAUUGCGUUUCCACAUGACAAUAAUCGAUGAUGAUGACUCUAAUACCCAGCACCCUAACUUACCCCGCUGAAAUAUGUCUGUGAUGCAAUUUGGGGAGAGCCUCUUUCUUUGAUAAGUAAUUGUAUCAAAAGUCGACAACAUUCUCUAAACGUGAAGUUUGUAAAAUAUGUGAAAGUCACACUGGAUAUGUGACUUAUAUUGUCGUGCGAAUUGUCAUUUUAUGAAGUGCUGGUCCACGGAUACCGUUUGACAAACUCCCCAUACAAAAAUAUAAUUUAAAUCUUAAAUUUAUGGAGCUGAGCUAUAAAGAAUACAUUGAUAGUGUGAGAAAGAGGUAUUUCGGUUUUUAACGUGUAUUUUACAUAGGUCACUCAAAAUUAUUGUCUAUAUGUCUGAUAACACCAAUUAUUAAAACGCUUUUAAUUUUAGAAGGUGUAUUAAAUGUAGAGCACAUCAAACUGUUUGUCGUUGCCCAUAAAUGUAUCCAUGUCACGGUUUUAAAUCUGUAAGCUGCGUUUGUUAUUUUUUUCACCAAGCUUUGAAUUAAAGGCCACUUUAAGGGAGCACUUUUGCGGGCAGCUGUGUGGGCUCCCUGCCGGUGUUGGAUUUCCGCCUCUGCGAGUCACUGACCAGCAAGUAACCUGGCCAGGUCUUGACCGCACUCAAUUCACCUGUCAGGAACAGGCAGGGGAGAGGGGGGUCACCUCAGUUAGAUUUCCUCAUAAAUAAAAUGUCUUACACUG